AUGUCAAGAAAAGAAGCAGAAGCUGAGGUUAGAGGAUGGGGGUUUAACCACGUUUUUACUUGGACCGACGGCCCCAACGCUCACUACCCGCCUCACACACAUGCCGGCGUUACAACACACUUGGUUCUCAAAGGAAGCCUUACUCUGAGUUAUCCUGAUAAUCCCAAUCCAAAGAAAGAGCAGUGCAAUGUCGGUGACAGAUUCGACGUCGACGCCAACAAGCGCCAUGAAGUGUGGAUCGGCCCCGAGGGCUGUACCUAUGUGAUUGGAGAAUGA